GCUUCCCCAGCGCCCAGGAGUUGGGGAUGUCCUACAAACCUACCACCCCUGCCCCCAGCAGCACCCCUGGCUCCAGCACCCCUGGGCCAGGCACUCCGGUCCCUACAGGAAGCGUCCUGUCGCCGUCGGGCUCAGGGCCGGGAGCCACUGCCCCUUGCAGACCACUGUUUAAAGACUUUGGACCGCCUACCGUCGGUUGUGUGCAGGCCAUGAAACCACCUGGUGCCCAGGGCUCCCAGAGCACCUACACGGAACUGCUGUUGGUCACAGGGGAGAUGGGCAAAGGGAUCCGGCCCACCUAUGCUGGCAGCAAGAGCGCCACGGAGCGCCUGAAGAGAGGUAUCAUCCAUCCCUAGUCAGAGUGCCUGGUAGAGACAGAGCGGAAUGCCCACACUUAACAGGAAGCUCCUAGGCCUCUGUGUCUGGACUUCAGAGCACCUGCUUCUCCCUGGCCUUCAUCCCUAGUUGCACUAACCAUCCUGGACUUCCUGUCCUGUGUCCCUUGAUGGGUGCCCUCCAGGAACCAAGGGGCGGUUCUCACUCCAGGUGGCAGCACUAAGGACCCCCCACCCCAU